UCCUCUGAAGUCGCUGUGGUUUCAUCUCUCUUCGACCCCCCAGCCUAAUUCAGUUCUAUCUCUCUCCCUCGUCACUUAGCCAUGGAUUAUUGCAGCAAAUCUUCUUGCAAUCCAAGCUCUCCUUUUGAUUGCCUCCUUUUUGAUUUGGAUGACACUUUGUAUUCCUCUAAGCUUGGAAUAGCUGAAGCCCUGAGAAAAAAUAUUGAUGAAUUUCUUGUUGAGAAAUGUGGAUUUCCAGAGAACAAAGCUCCCAGUCACCGAGUUGAGCUCUUCAAGUCCUACGGCAGCUCUCUCGCUGGCUUGCGAGCGCUAGGCUAUGACAUUGAUGCUGAUGAUUAUCACAGUUUCGUGCACGGAAGAUUGCCUUAUGAUUUGAUCAAGCCAGAUUCUCAAUUACGUAACCUCUUGCGUAGCAUCACUCAGAGGAAAAUUAUCUUCACCAAUUCAGAUAGAAAUCACGCGAUCAUGGCCCUAAAACGGUUAGGAAUAGAAGACUGUUUCGAUCAGAUCAUAUGUUUUGAGACGAUGAAUCCAAACCUGUCUAAAUCGACUAGUCCUGAUGAGUUCCCUGUUCUUCUUAAGCCUUCAGUAGAUGCCAUGAAAGUUGCUCUUCGUGUUGCAGAUGUUGAUCCUCGCCGUACGCUGUUUUUGGAUGACAACGUGCGCAAUGUGGCAGCAGGGAAAGCUUUGGGGCUCCGCACUGCUCUGGUUGGAAAAACGGUGAGGAGCAAAGAGGCGGAUUAUGUAUUGGAGCAUAUCCACAACCUAGCUCAGGUGAUUCCAGAAAUCUGGGUAGGAGGAACGGAAAGCGGUGAUCAAAGGAUCAGCCAGCCCGGGAGUGAAAUGGACGCCAUGCUCGCAGCCACAACCGUCGGAGCCUAAAUAAGACAACCAAUCAAGACCUCUUUUUCAAGGACUGGGUUGGCGAUCCUUACAUGUCAAAUCUAUCUUUCAUGUGCUGUGCAUAUGUGUUGUUAAUUAAUGUAUCAUAUGCGUGUAAAGGGUUCUUCUGUGUAAUUUUCAUCCAUCCCACUGGUUAUCUCAUUGUCAUCUUUCUAAGCUAAAUUAAUUGUUUGUGAA